GGGGACGAGCGGGCCCGGGGUGGCCGGCCGGGAGCGCGGCCCUGGGAGGACGCGGAGCCGCAGGCCAAGAAGCUGAGGAGCGGCGAGGGCGACGCGCCGGCCCGGAAGCUCCCCAAGAGGAAGAUAGUGCUGCUGCUGGCCUACUCGGGGAAGGGCUACCACGGCAUGCAGAGGAAUGUGGGGUCCUCGCAGUUCAGGACCAUUGAAGACGACCUGGUGGCCGCCCUGGUCCGCUCGGGCUGUAUCCCAGAGAACCAUGGCGAAGACAUGAGGAAGAUGUCCUUUCAGCGCUGUGCCCGCACGGACAAGGGUGUGUCUGCCGCCGGUCAGGUUGUGUCCCUGAAGGUGUGGCUGAUUGAUGACAUUUUGGAGAAGAUCAACAGCCACCUGCCGUCCCACAUUCGCAUUUUGGGACUGAAGAGGGUCACGGGAGGCUUCAACUCCAAGAACAAGUGUGACGCCAGGACAUACUUCUACAUGCUGCCCACCUUCGCCUUUGCCCAUAAGGACCGGGACCCCCAGGACGAGUCCUAUCGGCUGAGCCCUGAGACCCUGCAGCGGGUCAACAGGCUUCUGUCCUGCUAUCAGGGCACCCACAACUUCCACAAUUUCACCUCCCAGAAGGGGCCCCGGGAGCCCAGUGCGCGGCGCUAUGUGCUGCAGGCCUACUGUGAAGAGCCGUUCGUGCGCGAGGGCCUGGAGUUCGCGGUGAUCCGCGUGAAGGGCCAAAGCUUUAUGAUGCACCAGAUCCGGAAGAUGGUGGGCCUGGUGGUGGCCAUCGUCAAGGGCUACGCCCCCGAGAGCGUGCUGGAGCGCAGCUGGGGCGAGGAGAAGGUGGAUGUGCCCAAGGCGCCGGGGCUGGGCCUCGUCCUGGAGAGGGUGCACUUUGAGAAGUACAACCAGCGCUUCGGCAAUGACGGGCUGCACGAGCCGCUGGACUGGGCGCAGGAGGAGGCCAAGGUGGCAGCCUUCACGGAGCAGUACAUCUACCCCGCCAUCAUCAGCACCGAGCGUGGGGAGCGCUCCAUGGCCCAGUGGCUGAGCACGCUGCCCGUGCACAACUUCCACGCCACGGCCAGCUCGGGUGCCAAGGUCCCCAGCCCACUGCCAGGCAGUGAGGGCAACGGAGACAGCGAUUGAGGCCACGGGAGCUGCCUGUGGGGCACCAGGAGCCAUCGGCCUGAGGGUGGAGCAGCAGCUGCUGGACACACGGAUGGGCUUGGCUGCCAACUCCAGGGUGCCCAGCUGGGGUCACUGCACGACUCGCCUGCUGACAUCUCGCCUCUGCUUGGCACGGAAGAUGCUAUUUUUUUAAGGAAGUGAUUUUCUGAAAUAUAAGUUUUGCUGACUAAA